ACAAACGCUGCAUUAACUGGCCAGACAAACCAGAUGUACGGAGUGUCAGCUGGGUGGUAAGCCGAGAGGGAUGAAUCAGAUCCACAAACGCCCUGCUCUCGGCCUGGAGUGCUUAUCAGAUACACACCCGGCGUGCCUGUGCGCCACAGAGGAAAUAUGAGAGGGUAAUUUGGAUAACACAGCUCUGCUGAUCAAAUGGGGAACCUGGUGGCAGCGACCAAGCAUGGACUAUUGAACGCCUGCAACCGCCACAGCUUUCUGACUGACCCGAUAGCGUGUUUAUCCAACUGGAGACAGGCCAGUCUGUCCGUCUGGGGAUGGGGGGGUCUUGGAGUCGUGCUCUUCCUCAUCACUUUCGGACCCUUUGCAAUCUUUUAUCUGGCGUUUUACAUAGUCUGCUUUGUUGGCGGGGGCUUUGCAGUCACGCUUUUAUUUGGAAAGACAAACUCAGAGAAACACUUGGAGAGGUGCGAACACUCUUAUCUGCCUGCGACGCUCACCGGUAUACUAAAGACUUUGGAUGAAAUGAAGAUGGAGAUUAAACCCAUCAAGAUUGACCGCAGGCUCACAGGGUCCAGCUACAUUGAUGAGCCUCUGCAACAGGUGAUCCAGUUUGCCCUGCGGGACUACAUCCAGUACUGGUACUACACUCUGAGCGAGGACGAGUCCUUCCUGCUGGAGAUCCGACAGACUGUGCAGAACGCUCUUGUCCAGUUCUCCACGAGGUCUAAGGAGGUGGACUGGCAGCCUUACUUUACUACACGGCUAGUGGAUGACUUUGCCACACACCUGCGCGUCUUCAGGAAAGCCCAGGAGAGGCUCAGUGACAGGGACGACCCCAAACAACGAGAGUCCUCUGAGGAGCUGCUGGAGUCCUUCUUCGAAGCAGAAGUGGAGAUGGAGAGGAAGAUCUGUCGGGACGUGGUGUGCACCUCCCCCAAAGACGAAGAAGGCUUCCUCAGAGACCUGUGCGAGGUGCUGCUGUAUCUGUUACUACCUCCGGGAGACUUCCACAACAAGAACAUGCGAUACUUCCUCAGGGAAGUGCUAGCCAGAGGCGUUCUCCUUCCCCUAAUAAACCAGCUCAGCGACCCGGAUUAUCUCAAUCAGUUAGUCAUAUGGAUGAUCCGGGACUCAAGCUGUAACUACGAGGCCUUCAUGACCAUCCUGAAGCUGACCGACAAGACCAUAGAGCUGGAGGCGGUCAAGGACAAAGUCCUGGAGGAGCUGCAGUAUCUACGCUCUCUAGAUACUGCUGGAGAUGACAUAAACAUGAUCAAGAAUCAAAUCAACAGUUUACUGUUUGUAAAGAAAGUCUGUGAAACAAGGAUACAGAGGUUGCAAUCAGGGAAGGAAGUGGAUGCGAUGAAGCUGGCAGCGAACUUUGGGAAGCUGUGCAUCAUUCCCCUGGAGCACAUCCUGGUGCACAACAUCGCCCUGCAGUUCUUCAUGGACUACAUGCAGCAGAUGGGUGGCCAGGCGGACCUGUUCUUCUGGCUGACGGUGGAGGGCUACCGGGUGACUGCACAGCAGCAGCUGGAGGUCAUGCUGAGCUGGCAGAAGGACGGUGUGAAGCAGGGCAGCCAGACCAAAGGCCUGCUCAAGGCCGCCGCGCUGGGCGUCUACGAGCAGUACCUCUCCGAUAAGGCAUCUCCCAGAGUACAGGUGGAUGAAGCUUCAAUUCUCAAGCUGGCUGAGAAACUCAAUACAGAGGAUCCCACGCCAGAGAUAUUUGAUGAUAUUCAGAGAAAGGUGUAUGACAUGAUGCUGCGAGACGAGCGCUUCUACCCGUCGUUCAGGCAGCACCCUCUGUACGUGCGCAUGCUGGCCGAGCUGGACAUGCUGAAGGAGCCCAGCUAUCGGGGCUCUGACGACGGGGACGGAGAGUCCUUCAAUGGUUCUCCGACUGGGAGCAUAAAUCUGUCGUUGGACGAUCUGACCAAUGCCAGCGCCGAGGAGGUCCUGUUGCUCCACGCCUACAUCUCGGACACCGCUGACGCUUUUCUAAACCACCUUCCCGUGGCAGGCGUGUGCAACGACCACGGCAAGACCUACGCACUCUACGCCAUCACCGUCUUCCGCAAGAACGCCGACGGCAGCGAGGACACCUGGAAGACCUACCGUCGCUACAGCGACUUCCAUGACUUCCACAUGCGAAUCACAGAACAGUUUGAGAACCUCACAACCAUCCUGAGGCUGCCAGGAAAGAAGACCUUCAACAACAUGGACAGAGACUUCCUAGAGAAGAGGAAGAAAGACCUCAAUGCGUAUCUACAGCUGCUACUCAAUCCAGAGAUGGUGAAAGCCUGCCCCACCCUCACCCCCUACAUCUACGACUUCCUGGAGAACAAAGCCUACAGCAAAGGCAAAGGCGACUUUGCACGCAAGAUGGACACCUUUGUGAACCCCUUGCGGAGCUCCAUGCGUAACGUGUCCAACGCCGUCAAGUCCUUCCCCGACAGCCUGGCGGAGGGCAUGAACAAGGUGUCCGACAACAUGGGCCGCAUGUCUGAGAGACUGGGCCAGGACUUCAAGCAGUCCAUAUUCAAGGUCCCCCCUCUGAUCCCGAAGUCCGACAUCGGGCCCGAACACUGCCGAGUCUCAGCCCAGCUGGACGACAAUGUUGAUGACAACAUCCCGCUACGGGUGAUGCUGCUCCUGAUGGACGAGAUCUUCGACCUGAAGGAGAGGAACCAGUGGCUGAGGAGGAACAUCAAGAACCUGCUGCAGCAGCUCAUACGCGCCACAUAUGGAGACACCAUCAACAGGAAAAUUGUGGAUCAUGUUGACUUCAUGACGUCACCAGAGCAGGUGGCUGAUUACGUGAAGAAAUUCAGGGACUCCUACUGGCCAAACGGGAUCCUGGCAGAGACUCCACCCCGCAGAGACAAAAGCAUCCGCAUGAGGACCAGAGUGGCGGCCAAAACCAGCCUGCUGGGAAUCAUGCCAGACGAGCUGAAGCACAUCAUCGGGGCGGAGACCACGCGUAAAGGCAUCCUGCGCGUCUUCGACAUGUUCCAGCACCAGCAGAUGAACCGGCGUCUGGUGUACGUGCUGCUGGAGGGCUUCCUGGAGACCAUGUUCCCGCAGUGCAAGUUCCCCGAGCUCUUCGUCCAGCUGCACUCGCGUUCGCCACGCACACGUCGCUACUCACAGAGACUGAAGGCCUCCUCGCUCAAGAGGUGACAGGCUGGCCCGGAAACCGAGAACCCUGCCGCGGAAUGCGGGGAUGCCUGGUCCGCUGCCGCCGCCGCCGCCGCCACCACUGCUAGACGUUCCUGUCCCAGCGUUGUGAUGUGUACGACGGCGCCACCACCGACGCCAAUGCCAACACUGACACCGCCGCGAUCCUCCCAACCGAGCAACACUUCUGCCACCGAUCACACCACCUAACCUGUCCUGCUCGCACUCCCACCCUCCAUCAUCAUCAUCAUCAUCAUCACCGCCGCCACCGCCACAAUGACCACUAGGGUUAGGAGGCCAAUGAGGGCUGUGGGAGGUGAGGGUGGAUUUAUGUCCAGAGCGGAGUGUUUGGAUUGUAUCGGGCGGUCUGGCAGAGGGUCGAGGGAAAUGAGCGUGGUUGUGAAGUCGUUUUGUGGAGCGCUGUACCCACACGGAUGGUAUAGCAUUAGGACCCCCCCACCCCUCCACACCUGUCUUCGUCGUGAUGCAUCUAUUCAUAUGAGACACUUUCAGAAAAACAAGUUCACAACUCUACAUCUCUACCACUAAGAUGCUCGGCUAUAGCAGACAGCAUCCUGUGUUUGUAAUGUUUUCUGUGUUGUGCGUUUCUUUUUUUUUUUUUGCUGUCGUUGUUGUUGUUUUUGACUACAACAAAAAUGGCUGCAGUUUGGGAGGCACAGAUUGCCCAGACAAAAUAUAAUUGUUUUGUUUUGUUUGGUUUUUUUAAUUAUAAAUCACUAUGGUGAGUCGCCCAUAGUGGCGCUGCCACCAGAGAGUAGUACACACAUACUGUUCCAUUUUUAAUGUAUGAAGUCUGAAGAAGAGCUCGAAUCACAGGAGAGGGCUAACUGUUAGUUCUCAUUAAUUUGCCACUCCUCUUUAGCUUACCCAAGGCUUGCAUUAGGAUUUUAACGGUUGGCAGAGUUUUUAAAUGCACCAUAAUUCACCUUUUACCAUAUAUAUGAACUAUACAUGCGUAUGAAUAUGUGUUUAUUAACCAAAUAUAGUUGUGGCACCGAUGCAAAAUGGCUUCUGACAACAGAUGCAGCACUUGCAGUUUUUUUUUUUCCCUCUUCUGUUCGUCUGGGAGGAGAGGAGAGUGGAAGAGGGAAGCUUAGCCUACAGGGCAGUUUCUGCUCAAUGUGUGAUAGGCAGUGACCAUGACAAAAUACAAAACUCUAUCUGUGUGCGUUUGUCAUUGGGAGAGAGAAUUUAAGAGAGCGCAACUGUUUCUCUUAUCGUUCCUCCAACAGAUGUCAGUAUGUCCUUCAAAAAGUUCUUUGAAAAAGCAAACACAUCAUGAAAAGUGUGCGUGUGCGUGUGCGUGUGUCUGAUCUGCCCACCAGUGAGAAAACGGGAUGCGUGUCCAGGUUGUGAUUGCAUAUGCUUGUGUUCUUGAAUUCUAAGAGGAAAAAAAAACAAACUAAAAGCAUAUUUGGAGAUAUGCUGCAAAAGAAUGUACCUAUCUUUGGUGAAGCCGUGUCCGCGUGCGUAAGUUUUAUAAACUCGGUCAGAUGGAGUCCCAUCAGGACACUCUGGGAUCAUUGUAUUUACGUGUGGUUUUUUUUGUCGUGUUCCUUUUAUUUUUUGAAAUCCGUGUGUAGCACUAAAACACAGGCCUACUAGGUGUCAGAAAAUUGUGCCAGUUUGAACUAGAGAAUCAGCCUUAACUCCCAAGACCAAGAGAUGUGGACACUAGCAGUAGCUUCCCCCCACUGCAAAAAAUGCACAGAGAGAUGUUGGAGACAACAAAAAUAGCCCAAUCUAAUUGUACUUUCUUUCAGAGAAUAUCAUUAAUUUUUUGUGCAAUAUUUGUUUUCUUUAAUGCAUGUGUAUUUGAAUAACUGUAUAUGGAAAAAAAACAUGUUUUCAGAAAUUAAAGAAAAUUUGAGAGAAUUAAAAAAAAAACGAAUAAUCCCAACAACUCACAUUCCAUUGUUGUAAAAUACUGAGUUUGUUUUAAAGACUUGUUUUAUAAGUCUGUUUUUGUUUUGAAUUUUCCUUUCUGUUUUGUCAUCACUCCUGGUUAAUAUCAUGUACAAUUUUUGCUCACAUGGCUGUUGUGACCACCCUCUCCCUGGAAACAUAGAAAGAGCACACCGUAUGAAAUGACUUGUAUGAGACACAUAUGAACAAAAAAUGUUACUUACAUGACUGAGUGUGUGAGUGGUUGCACAUCACAUUUCCAGUCUUUGCAUCAGAGUCUACAGAUGAAAGUAGAGAGAGGCACCUUUGGCUAAGAGCCUGAGCUUACCAGGAGCAGCCACAGGGGGGUGAUGAUGAUGUAGUCUGUGCCCCUUGUAUAUUGGGCUAUGGGAAACCCACCCUGGGCAUUCAAAUUACGCCACAUGGGUUAUGACUGUGCUAUAUAUUCCUCCUGAAGGCAUAACACUUACACUGUUGGACAGAUGAGAUGUCUUGUAGCCUGAUGUCAUGGGAUUACAUUUUAUUUUAUUUUAUUUUAUUAUUUUUGGUUGUUGGUGGUGGUAGCUGUUCUUGUUUCCUAUUUGUUGGAAUUUUAUACCUGGAUCUGAUUAUUGGACACACAAAAACAAAAACAAAAAUAUAAAUCUCUCGCCAGUGCAAAUGUCACGGCAGGGCUUUCUGUUCCAAUUUAUCAGAAGCUGGGCAAACAUCCUGCCAUCUUGUAUGACCAAUGAAAUACACUUACUGAAGAAGAAUUACCACAAAACCUCAGUCACCUUGCAUAGUUUUACCUUCCUGUUUAUUUUGUUCCUUUCUCAGAACGCUGUGAUAUUGCCCAGCUCUGGGUAGCUAUCGUUUGCUGUGAUUGGCCCUCCUGUGGUGGCUUCUUGUCUGAAGGGCCAAUGAGUGGCCAGCACUGACCCACUACAGUCUGCUGUGAUUUGGUUCUAUUCUGACCCAAACCCAUAUUCCCCUGUCUGUCAAAGCCAAGUCUGGCUGUCUGUUUUCACCAUCACUCUCACUGGAGCUUCCUCAUCUUUGUCCGUAUUUGACCUCUACGUUUGUGCAAAUGCUUCCCCCCAAACAAAUGCAGGAUUGCUUGUCUUUUCAUUUGUUUGUUUAUUUCUUUUUCUAAAUCCCCAUACAUAUGAAUCUAUUAUACUGAAAUGUGCAUAUCGGUGUACAGUAUUUGUCAACAGUGUGCCUAAAUGUACUGUCAAUUAUAUUUUCUUAUUUUUCUUUAAGAAAAUGAAAAAAAAAAAUCAAUCCGAAUGUCAUGGUUGUUUUUAAUAGACUGAAAAGAGUACUCUAAGAGGACAACAACGUUUAGAGUGUUUGCAUCAUGCUUCUGAAAUAUUCCUUUUGAGCAGCUCAACUCAGUAUAACACUAAUAAAACUUUAACUCUGA